UUUGUUCGCUAGAUAGAGUUUUAUUCUGUAAUUUUCCCGGAAGUGACAUGGUGUUGGCGUGAACUAAAUUAGCCUUGUGAGCCAGAGACCCCCAGUCGCGGCACCUCCAGCUGCAGAGAUGCUCGACACAGAACAACACGGAGGAGGGAAGCUGGAGCGCGCAGGUCCGGACGGGAAGUGAGAUCCAGCGCGGGGCAGCAUGCGAGGCGGCGCGCGCCCACACUGACGGCGCGGACACAGCCGAGGCGUCGGGGAUCGAUCGGCACGGGAGGGGUCGGCCAUGGGGAACGAGGCCAGCCUGGACGGAGGCCCGCUGUCGGGACUGGUCCCGGACGGGGAGGGAGGCUUCGUGCGGCUGCCCGGCGGAGCCCCCGUGGACCUGGCGGAGCUGAGCGAGGCGCAGCGGAGGCAGCUGGCGGCGGCGGCGGCGGCGGCUCGAAGACCUUCAGAAUCGGAUGCUCAGCAGCGCCCCCAGCAGGCUGGCUCAAGAGGUCCGGCGGGUCUCAGCAAGAGUCGCACCGUAGACGCCUUCAACCAGGGGCCGCCGGGGAAGCCCGCCCCGGGCCGCAGCCCGUCUUCACUCAGCCUCUUCGAGUCCAGAUUCCGGCAGGAGCCCAAGGAUCCCGAAAGCAAGUCGUCCGGGAUGUUUGGCUCCAGCUUCCUGAGCGGGGCCAAUCCCCUCAGCGCCAUGUCGUCGAUGACGUCGUCCGUCUCUUCUUCCAUCACCUCCAUGGGGGACUCGGUCAACAUCCCCAAGUUUGGACUGUUUGGGGACGAGGAGGAGGCUGAUGGGACUCCAGACAAGGGGCCUCCACAAGGUCCGGGUCCAAAGAAGCCUCAACAAGGAGGACCUCCGAAACAGGCUCAAGGACCUCCUGGACAGGGACCUAAGCCAGGGCAAGGACCAAGACAGGGUCCUGGACCCUCUGGCCAAGGGACUAAACCGGCUCAAGGUCCUCCUGGGCAAGGACCCAAACAAAGCCAAGGACCUCCAGGCCAGGGGCCGAAAUCUGCUCAGGGUCCCGCUGGACAAAGACCACAAGGGCAGGGGCCUCGGCAAGGUCAGGGACCGCCAGGACAAGGGCCCAAACCAGCUCAAGGCCCUCCCGGCCGUGGGGGACCUGCAGCGGCCCCAAGGCAAGGUCAGGGACCGCCAGGCCAAGCAGGUCAGCAACAAGGUCCUCAACUACAAAAAGGACCAAAGCCACAAGGUCCUCCCGGCCCUGGCGCCCAAGCGACGGCCCCUGCUGCGCAGCCCGGAGGGGCCCUCUGCCCGCUGUGUAAGACCACACAGAUGAACACUGGCGCCAAAGAGCCGCCCAACUACAGCAGCUGUACCCAGUGUGAGAAGCAGGUGUGCAGCCUCUGCGGCUUCAGCCCUCCGGACUCUGCGGGGAAAGAGUGGCUGUGUCUCAACUGCCAAAUGCAGCGAGCGAUGGGUGGCGUGGAUCCGCCGGGCCUCCACAAGCCCAGACAAGGCUCUGCCCCACAGAGUCCUGGGAAACCCGGCAAACUCCUGAUCAAGCAGCAGAGCACCAGCGACCAGGGCCUGACCCCGCCCACCACGCCCCGACAGAAGUCCCCCAGCUCCCCCCUGUCCCCGGUGUCGUCAGCCGCUGGAUCGCCCAAAAUCGAUCCCAAGACGGGCCGACCCAUCCAGCCCAAGUCAAGCCCCCAACCGUCUCCAGCAAAGGCCAAACAGGAGUCCAGCUUCUUUGGAGGCUUCAGUCUGGGGGGGCUGGCGGAUUCGGUCAAGGCUCCGGCCUCGGCCACACCGCCCUCUGAGUCUGUGACCGGGAAACUCUUUGGGGGGCUGGGUGGUUUGAUGGACUCCACGAAGCCUCAGGUUCCGGCAGCAUCGAAGCAGCAGCCGGAGGAGUCGGUGACGGGGAAGCUGUUUGGAGGCUUGGGAGGAUUGACUGAGUCGGCCAAACCCCCCGCUGCUGCCUCCCAGAUGUUCAGCUUCGGAUCGUCCCUCCUCAGCUCUGCCACGACUCUGGUCACAGGAGAGGAAGAGAAGCCCGCCGACUCUCCCCCCGGCUCACCCCCGGACUCUCCCGACUCUGGGCCUGGGUCUCCUCCCGACUCUCCCUUCUCGGCUCCUGGAUCCCCGCCGGACUCGGACUCUGCUCCGGACACUCCGCCGGCGAGAACGAAGCAGCCUGCUCCAGGGGCCUCUGAGGAAAAGACGGCGGGUCCAGACCCGGAAGCCGAGAACAAGCAGAACUGCCCUCUGUGUCAGGUGGAGCUGGACCUGGCGUCGGCCUCGGACUUCAGCAUCUGCACCCAGUGCAAGAAGAAGGUCUGCAAUGGGUGCGGCUUCAAUCCCACGCCCCACCUGGGAGAGGAAGAAUGGCUGUGCCUCCACUGCCAGACCCAAAGGGCCACGUCGGGCCAGCUGGGCGAGGAGCCUCCGUCAGCCCAGGCCAAGCAGCCACCACCCGAUCCCACCCCCACCUCCACCCCUGCUGCUGUAGAUACCAACCCUGUAGAAGCAGCUGACCCAAGUCCUCCUGCCCCUCAAAGCAAGGUGACCCUGAAAGAGCCGGCGAGCGGAGAGGCGCCCGCCAAAGAGGCCAGUCCCACCAGCCCGUCCGACCUUGCCAAGCUGGAGAGCUCGGUUCUCCCCAUUCUUGAGGCCCAGACAAACACACAGCCUCAGGACGAGCAAGGCAAAGCAGACACGUUGAAGACCAGGCGUAAAUUACAAGUCCUGCCUCUUUCACCCGAUUCCCCGAGUUCUGAAGACGACAGGGAGUCCCAGGAUUUAAUAGGCACGGGAACAGCCAGGAAAAAGCUUCUCGUGCCGAUGGACGUAAAAGCAGAUUCACUGGAUGAAAGCAGCGAGAGCUUCGGGAAAGACAGUCCUUUGUCGGGAGAUGAUGAAGAAUUUAUUCGGAAACAGAUCAUUGAAAUGAGCGAGAACGAGGACGCGUCGCCAUCUGAUGAGGAGAAUCUAGUGCGAGGAAAAAUCAAAGAGGAUGAAAGGAAGAAAUUAGAGCAGGGGACACAUGCAGUGAUGGAGAGAAGCCUUUCGGGAAAAGCCAGAAAGCUCACCAAAAAGAGCACCAUAAGCCCAGAGGAUGAGGAGGACGGUGUACUGGAGAGGUCAACGGGGCUUCUGAAAAUACAGGAGGAGGAAGGUUUGACUGGCACCGGGGUUCGACAGUUCCAAACCAUCGAACUGAGCGCAACAAGCAGCCCCAUUUGCAUCACUAAUGUGGAAGGAGACCUUGAGAUGGAGUGUCUCACCGACUCGCCCGACGAUCGCUCAAAAGGUGAGGGCUCCUCCAGCUUACAUGCAUCCAGCUUCACUCCAGGUACCUCCCCAACAUCCCUCUCCUCACUGGACGAGGAUAGCGACAGCAGCCCCAGCAACAUUCGAACAGGUGAGGGCAAGCAACACCGGAAAGCCCGGCACAGACAGCCAGGCCAGAUGCUGCCGACGAUCGAAGACUCUUCUGAGGAGGACGAGCUGAGAGAAGAAGAGGAGCUGCUCAGGGAGCAAGAAAAGCAGAAGGGGUCGGGUAAAAAGUCAAAGAAAGACAAGGACGAGAUCAGAGCUCAGAGGAGGAGGGACAAUUCAAAGACACCACCCAGCAACCUCUCCCCUAUUGAAGACGCCUCGCCAACUGAAGAGCUGAGGCAAGAGGCUGAAAUGGAGGAGAUCAGGCGAUCGUCCUGCUCCGAUUUCUCCCCGAGUAUCGAAUCAGAGCCUGAGGGUUUUGAAAUUCAUGCGGCCAAGAUUGCUGCAGUACAAAAAACGUACAAGCUGCCGACUUCCGUGUCUCUUCAUUCCCCCACCGAGGACCAAGAGGCUGAUAAAUCGCAGAAGAAGGCCCUCAAAUCUGCUGAUGAAGCCUACGAGGAGAUCAUGUUGAGGGCAAAAUCCCCAACUGCUGAGAAAAGUGAGGUUCUACCUGUGAAGGAGUCACUUUACGGAGGGAUGCUCAUCGAGGACUACGCUUACUCAUCUCUCAUCGACAAUUCCACCAGUAACGUUGCGGAGCCAGAAAACAUUGUGGUACCAAGUGAGCCCAAAAAGCUGAGAUCACCAGAUGAGGUCUAUGAGGACAUGAUAAAGAAGCGAAAGGAAUUCAUGAAGCUGGAGGAGGAAUACCAAAGUAUGCAUUCAAAGAAAGCCAGCUCAACUCCUGAAAUAGUUUUGCAGCCGGCUGAGAGCACCGCUCCUAAAACCAGUACCGUGACAAUUGGGAGAGAUGGACGACCACUGCUGGAUGCAGAAACUGCCUAUGAGGAACUCAUGAAAAAGGUUCUGACUCCCGGAAGCAGUCCCACCCAUCCGGAGCCGGAUGUGGAAGCCGCUGCAUCUCCUAGAGCACUGCAUCCUAUUCCAGACUUGAAGGUCACUCAGUGCUCGUCGGGAGAGCUGUCUUCUGAUGAGGAGAGUGUGUUUAAGAAGGAGGAGGAGGAGGAGGAAAAACCAGCCGCGUCAGAAACGCCAGCUGAAACGGCCGUAUCUGAGAGUGUGGAAACACCCACACCAGAACCUCCAGUCGUGAAAGAAUCCCAGGCCGAUAUCGUCGACUUGUCAAGUGCACAGCAGAGGACGUCGGCUCCUUUGAUAACCACCGUGUCGCCCUUACCAACAGUCCCUCAGUACACACCUGGUGUCCACAGUGUCGUGUCAACUGCCCCACCUGUGCCCCCUAAACCAAGUGUUCUCCGUCGGGCCCAAUCUCAGGAAAAGACAGAAGGACCUGUUACACCUCAGCCGCCACCGCCCACCCCCCCGAAACCCACCGUGUUUCCCAGAAAAGCCCCUGUUCCUCUUCCGACACAAGCACCUGCAAGUCCACCGCAAUCGUCACCGACAAGACAAGCAACAACUCCAACAUACAAACCACAUGUUCCGCCUCCGGUUCCUCCGAAACCACCCAUCCCUGUAGGAAUCUGUCAUGGUGUUAAACCACCAAUCGCACCAAAACCUGCAUCUCAGCCUGCCUCACCUGCCCAUAUCCCUUACGCAUCGAGACCUACGGCACUUCCUACUGCAACUAGCGAAAUAGCCCUGAAUCUGAGCCCCACCUCGGAGAGCAAACCUUUCCAGUCCUCACCAAAGUCUCCAAUCUCACCAAGGUAUGCAAGCAAUCUCCGUGACACGUAUGUGGUCAUCACACUGCCUUCGCAACCCAGCUCUCCGGUGGAGAGCAUUUCAACCCAAGCUCCAUCUACCCCUGCCGCAACAUCUCCUUCCCACCGCGCUCAACCUCAAACGUACCAUCAAUCACAGCCCGCAUAUACUCAGCAACACCCACAGCCGACGCCUCCUCAUACGACCAGAGUGCCUCUGGCAUACACACGCGUAACCGAGUCAAUUGAAAGUCAAGAGAUUUGUGGUCCUGAAAAACAUGUCUCGAGUUCCUGUCAUAUCAUAGAGGCCGUGUCUGCGUCAGCGCAGCCUCCUGUGGUCAUGCCAAACCUCAUCUCUCAAAUGGUCACCACCGAAGUUCAAAGAACCACUGUCUCCGUUGUUCACGAAAGGUCCGCUCCGCCGGAGCCAACUCCAAGGGCAAACGGCGUCCCGAUAUCUCUGGAGAAAACAAAAUCCCCGGCACAGAACGGACAGGUUCGCCAACCCUGCGAGGUGGUGGAUCUGAGGACUAUGAAGGUGGACGCAGAUUCCCAAACGAAAGGUGUCGAUUUAUCUGCCGGCCAAGAAUCCAGGCGCCAGACCUUUAUAUCCGAUGCCAGUCGGCAAAACAGUGCCGUCCAGUCGCCCGUUGUCAACCUCAGCGCGGAAUCAUCCACUGUCUCCAUUGUGACCGAUAGCAUCACAAUUGUGACUUGUGCUGCGACAAUACAACGCGCUGAUAACAUAGAAAUUGCUCAGGCAUCCUCCAUUCCCCUUCAGUUAACGAAAAACAAGGUUUUUGAACCCGUUUCCCAGAUUGUGUACCGACCUGUUGAUGCUCAGCCACCUGCCCAUUCUGGCACAGAAAUCCCGAUUAAUCUCUCAGUUGGAUCAAGUACAUGCAGUGGGACUUUUCAAACGACCCCCGUCACCAUUGCACCCGGAUCUGUUCCAACUUGUGCCGCCAAUGGACUGACCUCAGGGACAACCACGGUGGCUGGCGCCGUGGACCUCAGCACGGCGAAACCAUUCAACACCGUGGUGACAGUUGACGGCACCUCGGUGGAUGUGCUCACGGCGGUUGUUACGGAUGACGAUGGCAAACCCGUUGAUCUGACGGCGAGCAAAAGAGCUGUUUGCUGCGAUGUUGUGUACAAACUGCCGUUCGCGGGAAGCUGCGCGACGCAACAGUCCACCCCACCUCUGCCAGAAGACCGUUUUGGAUAUCGUGACGACCACUACCAGUAUGAGCGCUCCUCUUUCGGCAUGCGAGGGUUCGGCGGAAUCAAACCCUCGAUGUCGGACACCAACCUUGCAGAUGCAGGCCUCUUCUUUUACAAGAGCAAGAACAGCUUAAAUUUCAGCGACUCGGCCGAGGUAGCCGUUGACCUUACCUCGGCGAAGAUGGCUGAUGCAGGUGAGGCAGUUGACUACUCCAAGAAAAGCACGUACGCAGGGAUGGUCAUUCCACCCUACUCCCAAGCCCGAGUCACCAGUGCUGUGGGAACUCUGUUCGGAACGAGCAGCGUUCUAAGGUCUUCUAACGGGGUUGUGUAUUCUUCGGUAGCCGCCCCUAUUCCGUCAACAUAUGCAAUAACCACCCAACCCGGCUCCAUCUUUAGUACGUCAUACAACAGCUUGUCUGCAAUGCACACCAGCGACACCAUGCCCUCUCUCUCCAGCCUUGCCAACAUGCCGCUAACAAGGUCCCACAGCUUCUUGUCCACAGUUUCCAUUACGUCUGCAGAGGAGCAAGGUGAUGCCCCGCUGAACCUCGAGGUAGCUAAAGAAAGUAGCGCUGGAAGUCCUGCUACAAAAGUAACUGCUUCUUUAUCUCUCGACACCUACACGGAUGCGUCACUGGAAGCCAUCGCUGCCUCGCUCGAGGCUCUCUCGUCACCAAUGGUGCCUGGAGACGGUCAGUAUCAAGCGGAGCGCGAACGACUCGAGAUGGAAAAGCUCAAACAGCAGCGACUAGCCGAGGAAUUAGAAUGGGAACGGCAUGAAAUUCAACGAUUCAGAGAGCAGGAACAGCUGUUGGUACAGAAGGAACUGGAGGAGCUGCAGGUCAUGAAGCAGCAGAUCCUGACCCAACAAGAGGAGGAAAGACAAGCUCACCUCAUGAUGCAAAAAGAAACGUACGCUCAGCAACAACAGCAGCUCGAGCAGAUACAGAGACUCCAAGAGCAGCUGCGCUUGCAACUGGAAGAGCAAAAGCUUCGGCAAAUGUAUCCCGGGGACUACGCUGGGAGUGGCAUUCAGGAGGCGAUCGUCUUAGGUCCUGAUGGCACCGUGCUGUCGCGAAAGAUCACAGACAGCGGGUGCCAAACUGAUGAAGAGGACGAGACAGUCAGCAAAGCUUACACCGCUGGAAGGAAGAAGAGAAGUGCCAAGAAGAGCGUCGAUAGUUGUGUUCAGACCGAUGAUGAGGAUCAGGAAGAGUGGGAGGCCCAGGCUAGAAAUCGCCAGAGCCGGCCUCGGACUGCCCGAGGAGAGCGGGGAGGUCAGUCAGAGAUGGCUCUUCAAGCCCACACCGAGAUUUCCAUUCAAACGGACUCAGAGGGCAACAUUCGAAUGGACACCAGAAUGGAGUUUUCCGACUCGGAGAGAACCUCACCAAAGAAACGACCCACCCCGUUAGAAAUCGCACAGUCUCCCGGUCUGAAAGCUGAGUCCUCCUUGCUCCAAGCCCCUCCCAAAUCUCCCAAAGUCCUCUUCUCCCCAAUAUCCCCUUGUAUUUCCCCCAGUAAAUCUAUGGAGUUUGUGUCCUACGACAAGUCCCUUGGAGACACGAGUCCCCAGAAGCUGAAAGGCAGUGCCGACCCAUCGAAAGUCUCUCCAGCGAGCCCCAGAGGACAAAAAUCCAUGCAGAGAUCCAUGUCUGACCCCAAGCCCAUGAGUCCCACUGGAGAACCAUCGGGUGACGGUUACACUGGAAAGGGCUCAGGCAGCACCCCGACCGGCACCCAGAAGAAGGUGAAGAGGACCCUGCCCAAUCCACCGUCGGAAGAUGAAUCCACUGCCAGUGGUCAGACGGCAUACAGCACUGGCUCUGCACGAAGACGGAUGUGUCGCAAUUCCAACAUGGCUCGCGCCAAGAUCUUGCAAGACAUCGAUCGAGAGCUGGACUUGGUGGAACGCGAGUCCUCGAAGCUCAGGAAAAAGCAGGCAGAGCUGGAUGAAGAGGAAAAAGAGAUUGAUGCCAAACUGAGGUACUUGGAGAUGGGCAUAAACCGGAGGAAAGACGCGCUGCUGAAGGAGCGCGAGAAGAGAGAGCGGGCCUAUCUGCAGAGUGUGGCUGAGGAUAGAGAUUACAUGUCCGACAGCGAGGUCAGUAAUAUUCGAGAAACUCUAGUUGGGAGAGGCACGGGUGAAGACGAGGACCUGGUUGGUCUGGAGCGUCCCAGGACGGCCCCGCAGUCCGAGCUGGAUGACUUUGUUCCGCCUCAAACAAAGCACGAGUACGGGAAAUUCAGCCAGUAUCAAUACCCCCAGAGCCAGUACCAGCAGUCCCUCUACCAGACUCCGCAGUCCUACCAGUCUCAUUCCAUCUACUCCUCUGUCCCUUCCCUGACCAGCGCCCAGCAGCAGAGCUACCACCAAAUGCUGUUGCUUCAGCAGAAAGCUGCCAGACAGGCAGCGCUGCUUUCUGAGCUGGACGCCACCAAGUACGAUGUCAUCAGCCGUCAACCUGACCCCACGUCUUCAGCCUUCCUUGGUGUCAAAUAUGACAAGUAUGGCAACCAUCUUGACCUCCGCGCUUUGGAAGUCGGGAGUCUGGCAGGUAGUCCUAUGUCUGCCGUGUCUGAUUCUUACUACACCGACGUGGAGCACCACACACCGCGGAGCUACUUGCUGCUUGAAGAUGCGGCAGAACUAGCCAAAGGCAACACAGGGCUGUCCUCAUCUUACAGUCUGGCCGAAAGAGAACUGGCCAAGGCUGAGAAGCUGCUGCGAAGAAGUGCUGCUGACCUGGGCUCCACUGAGUAUCUGGGCUCCACCUCCAGACUGCAUACGUAUGGGAAGACACCAGAUGAAGAAGAUACGAUGGAAGAACCGUACGAACUCAAGCUUCUGAAGCAACAGCUUAAGCAAGAGUUCAGGAGGAGCACAGGUGGGACGGAGAGUUUAGACCAUCUGACAGGUCUCUCUCAGCAUUACUACACUCCGAGCUCAGGCAUCUCCAGCUACUCCCAGAGACACUACCCCAAGUCCGACAAGUACAGCAUCAGCCGGCUGACUCUGGAAAAGCAAGCCGCCAAACAGCUCCCAGCGUCCGUGCUGUAUCAAAAGCACAAGACGCCAUUGAUGGAACCAAAAGUCUCUUCCAAAUACUCGUCUGUUACCGACAGCAGGGGGUUGGACACCGACUAUAGCAGCUAUCUAGGGUCAACCAGUGCAUCUCCCAGGUCCAGUCGACUGAUGCAGGACGAGAUCACCUUUGGUCUCCGAAAGAACAUUGCAGAGCAGCAGAAAUAUUUAGGAUCCACCUUAGGAGCAAACUUGGCCGGCUCACUGAACUUGGGCCAAACCUUGGGGUUGGAUUCGGCCUAUCCGAGCGGGAGCCGGUCCAGACCGUCAUCCAGACCCACGUCCUGCUACGGACUAGACUUGUCUAUCAAGAGAGACCUUUCUAGCUCGUCUCUCAGGCUCAAGGGCGACGGAGAAGCAUCUGGAGAUAUUCCAAGUUACCAAACCCCAUCCGGUCGAACCAAACCAACCAGCCUGCCUAUUGUGCAAAGUGGACGGGGGCGGAUCCCUAUUGUCGCCCAGAACUCAGAGGAGGAAAGUCCGCUGAGUCCAGUCGGGCAGCCGAUGGGCAUGGCCCGUGCCUCGGCGGGACCGCUGCCGCCGAUCUCUGCCGACAGCCGGGACCAGUUUGGCUCGUGUCUGUCGUUGCAGGACUCCCAGCAGCAGCAGCAGCAGCAGCAGCAGCAUAUCAGGGAAGAGCCGACACGGGGUAGGGGGUAUGUGCUGUUGGAUGAACUCCAGGGCACCAUGUCAGAUAGCGAAGUGCUAAGUGACUCCCUGAUGGCUCUGAGCAGAGACGAUGCAUCCAAGGCCUACCACCUGAGACAGGAGGAGACCGACUGGUUCGACAAGCCCCGCGACGGACGGCUGGACGGACAAGAGAAGAGACAGGGUAAAGGACCGUACUACCCCUUCCCACACCUCAGGGUGAAGCUGCAGAGGGACUCUAAAGACCGGAGCGUCUCAGGAAAUGGACUGGGCAUCCGUGUGGUCGGCGGCAAGGAGGUCCCGGGGAGUAACGGAGACAUCGGAGCCUACGUCGCCAAAGUUCUUCCCGGGGGAGCCGCAGAACAGACAGGAAAGAUCUUAGAAGGAAUGCAGGUCCUGGAGUGGAACGCGCUCCCUCUGACAGGGAAGACCUACGAAGAAGUGCAGGCGCUGGUGGGACAUCCUUGCACUGAGGCCGAAGUGUGCGUCAGACUGGACCUGAACAUGUUGGCUGACGCUGACGGGACCCAGCAUCUGGACUUCCAGGAACACAGCAAAGGUGAGCGACCGCCGAGGUCACCGGGCGUGGACCCCAAGCAGCUCGCAGCAGAGCUUCAGAAAGUGUCCCAGCAGCAGCUGCCCUCCUCCACCUUGUCUUCUGGUCUGCCAGCGUCUUCGUCGGCCACGGCCAGUCCAGCUCAGCCUGGGUCACCGUCCUUCAGCAAGAAGCGCCACAGCAGCAAGACGGCAGAGGGAACGAAGAGCCAGUCUCACCCCGUCUCUGGAGAAAUACAGCUCCAGAUCCACUACGACAAGCAGCUGGGCAACUUGAUCGUUCACGUCCUACAAGCCCGGAACCUGGCGCCGCGGGACAACAACGGCUACUCAGACCCGUUUGUUAAGGUCUAUCUGCUGCCGGGGAGAGGUCAGGUCAUGGUUGUCCAGAACGCCAGCGCUGAAAACAAGAGGAGGUCCAAACACGCCGGCAAGAGUCUCAACCCGGAGUGGAACCAGACCGUCAUCUACAAGAACAUCCACCUGGAGCAGCUGAGAAAGAAAACCCUGGAGGUCAGCGUGUGGGACUACGACAAGAGCUCCUCCAAUGACUUCUUGGGAGAGGUUCUGAUUGACCUGUCCAACACGGCCCAGCUGGACAACGUGCCGCGCUGGCACCCGCUGAAGGAGCAGAGCGAAGGCGACCACCACCGGCGCUCGCACCAAGGCCGACACUCCAAGCCGUCCUCGCAACACUCCUCUCCGAAAACCACGGGCUCCACCCACGACCUGCAGGACUCGCCCAAGUCCUCUGUCAUCAAGAGCCGGAGCCACGGGAUCUUUCCGGAUCCUGCAAAGGGCCAGAGAGGCCACGCCUCCCUGAGGCACCAGAGACACAGCGUAGUCGGUGUGCUCACCGUUCAGAGAGCCCAGUCCGAGUGGCUCCCGGCCCCGCCUGCGACCGCCUCGUCCGCUGGGAGCAGAGCAGACGGCAGACACCUGACCCUCAGGAAAGCUGUGUCAGAGGAAAGACCCCAGAGCGGCGGAGCUCGGUCCAGCUACAGGUCUGGGGACGCGCCGGUCACCGCCGCCUCCCUGGACAGCGGCCUGAGCGGCAGCGCCUACAGCCUGCUGGACGAGGAAGGGGAGACCAACGAGGUGGACAGCGCCAUCUUCCAGGUCCCUCGAUUUGGGAAGAUUCCAAACGGCACAGACGGGAUGAAGUCCUCUCUGGGACACGGCGACGGUGAAGGCAAGUCCCAGGUGAUGGGCGAGAUCAAAAUCGCUCUGAAGAAAGAGAUGAAGACGGAGGGCGAGCACUUGGUCCUGGAAAUACUGCAGUGCCGCAACAUCACCUUCAAGUUCAAGUCUCCGGACCACCUGCCAGACAUGUACGUCAAGCUCUACGUGGUCAACAUCGCCACUCAGAAGAGGGUCAUCAAGAAGAAGACCAGAGUGUGUCGCCACGACCGCGAGCCCUCUUUCAAUGAGACCUUCCGCUUCUGUAUGAACCCGACAGGACACUCGCUUCAGCUCUUCCUGGUGUCCAACGGAGGGAAGUUUGUCAAGAAGACGCUGAUCGGCGAGGCGUACGUGUGGCUGGACCGGCUGGACCUGCGCAAGCGUGUGGUGAGCUGGCACAAGCUGCUGGCCAGCAGCGCGCAGAUCCACUCCUAGAGACAGCCGGGCUCCCUGCGCCUCAGGCCAGUUUGUUUACAAGGCCGGCGGGAGCAAGGACUGAGGUCAGAGGUCAGGUGCAGAAUCAACCAGGUAUUACACACUUGCAGACACACACUCGCAGAACCCACAGGGACGCACUGUCCGUCACGCCUGUCCAUGUUUGAUCCCAAUACGCGUCUCUUUGUUAUGAAAUGCAGAGUUUUAUUGAUUUGCAUUUUUGUGAAUGAGAUGUUUACGACUCCGCUUCGGAGGCCUGGAACUUAUUUUUCUAGAACGAUAUCCAAACCGUCCGUCCGUCCUGGAAAUACUGGAGGACGCAGCGCUCCGUCCCUCGACAUGUUCCAGCUCACUGCCUGAAACCAAGCCAUCCCUUCGCUCCCUGUGUUUGACUCACCUGACAUGGACUCCACGUGUCGUGCGCACCACUGUAUCUGUCUGCAUCGCAACACAAUGAUGUGUGUCCACAGAGUGAAACCUGUCAUGUGUGUCGCUACACUGAGACGUCUCAGACAGUCAGGUCAGGUGAUGCCCCUGAGCUGUGGAGGGGGAGCCUUGUGGGGUCUUGGGAUGUGAUGAACCCCGGGUGACCUGUCCGUUCAGGUCAGGAGGGGUGAUCUGAUGUUGGUUUGUUCUUUCGUCUGGGAAUGUACAAGGAGCAAAAGAAGCAAAGAAGAUUUAGCAUGGACGUCCACCCUGACCCUCUGGUGAGAGGCAAUACUCACAUGGACUCAGAAGCUGCUGGAGUGGAGUCUGGGUUGAGGGAGAGAGGCUCUGUAAAGCAGCUUCAUCGCUCAACAUUGGAGGCUGCAGAUGAAGAGUCCCGCAUGAAACAGUGAGCUCAUUUGAAGUUGUGUUUUGAGCGUGAACUGUGGGAGGGACCAAGGCUCUCGUGAGCUUUGCCAGCACAGAUGAUCUGGAGCCCAAGUCAUUCCUGGCUCUCACCAGGCCGAGGUCAGAGAGGUGGUCAGCAGAAGGAGCUGUCCCAGUGCUGAAACCACGGCGAGGCCAGUUUCCACACGCAGAUGCUUGGAAAACCUGACGUCGUCCUCCCUGAACACUGUGUCCAGCAGAGACACCACCCGGCAGUCAGGUAUCAGAAGUAAAGGUUAGUCAGUCAGACCUGGAGAGAAGCACUUGUGUUUGGAGCUGUUGAGAAGGAAAUGAUCAAAUGAGACUGUGUUGAACAUAUGGAAUCUACAGGCACAGAUCGAUGGGCAAGUGUAUAUAUGUGUCAUGGCGUCCGUCAAACUCAAGGUCGGCGUGACGCGUCUCUUAUGAGAGUCUCAUCACGCACUGCAACGGCUCAACCUUGUUUACAAAAUAGCUUUCCUUGCUGUUGUUUGAUACAUAUGUAAAUAGAUAUAUAUAUAUCAAACAACACAAUUUAUGUCCACGUUGUUUUUGCUUUUCCUUCAGGAAACAAUGGACCUAGUUAAGACCAUUUUCAAUAUUGCAAGCUGCAUUUUGUUGAUUUAUUUUUACAGCAGAUCCAGAUACAUAUCGAAGUGGAUUCAGUACACACUCAGUCCUCAGCACAGGAAGUCACAGUUUAAGAACUUUCCAUUCCAGAGUAUAUUAUUUAUGAAUGAGUUCAAACAGAGAAGUAAGAAGAGGAAUAUAAGAAUGAUAUAAGAAUGAAUAAAUCAUAUUUAGAAGAAAAGACGAGGAGGAAUUAUGUAUAUAUUGCUAUUAUUACAAAACAAUGAUUAUUUAUGAAAGAGAAACGUUUGCUGUCGUGGAGGAGAACCUUAAACAUGGUAAAUAUUUAUAUACAUUACUAUAAAAAAAAUAUUUUUUUGAAAAAGCCAAUAGACAAACUAUGGAAACUUUGUGUUGCAGUCAAGCACUUUGUGUCUUUCAUCAUUUCGCAGGACCAUCAAGUCCAUGAGGGUUGAGAAACUGUAUAUUGAAUCAACGCGUGUGUUCAAUUGGACAAAUCCAAAAGAUUUCUAUGCAACAUCCGAAGAUCCGAGCGCCACUUUCCAGCACCUCCGCUCCUUGGCUCCUUCCUGUCCAAAUGUUUUUUUAUGAUUAUGAUUUAACUUAUUGUUUUAUACGUGGUUUUGUUUACAGCUGUACAUACUUUUCAUUUUGAUACACAAAGUGGAGCUAGUUUACAGUUUGUUCUCUCCUCGCCAUCAACGUGAGAUUCCAAACCGAGGCGUGAACAAAUGGCGCGUCCGUGUCUUUCCCUCUUUCAGUUGUGACGUCCACUCGCUCGUGUGUAGCAUCGUCAUAAGUGCAUGUCCGACGUCGCAGGAACGGUCUCACACACACACACACACACGCACGCACGCGCGCACUCACCUCCCUCGAUCUCCAACCUUGUAAAUAGGUUUUUAUACCGGGGGUUUGGAAGCAAUACGUCUUUCAGUGGACAAAGCAAAAGCCAACGGUCGGAUGUGCAGCUGAGCGACGGCGAGGCCCUUUACACCGCAGGCUCUCUCACACGGGCGCGACCGGUCCAGUAGUUGCAGGAGAAUUUCUAUGUGCUCACUCUGGAUGUUGCAUGUUUCCUCGGUGGUUCCUACUAUUCUCGUGUGCAGAUAUUGUCCAAGAAAAAAAAGCUUGUAGAGAGGGUUCCAGAGAGAAAGGCAAACCACGUUUGCUGACUGUACAGAGACGACGCUCGUGGUUUUCCACUUGUAAGUAAAGAGAAAAAAAAAUCCAGUGUCAUGUCAUGGUGAUUGUAUCCAGGAGGUCUUGAUCAAUUAUGCAAAUUGUGCUGUAAAAAUGGCUGUUGCCCCGAUGUCUACAUAUUAAAUAUGAGUAUCAAUGAGUGAUCACUGAGUCCGUGUGUGGCCACUUCCUCAGGAUGGAGAGAGUUGCGUGGAAAGCUCCGCCAUGUUUGUCAACACUCGACUUUAUUGACAAACACACCCAUGAUGUCGUCCUCAUGGUCCUCAUAACCUUGUCAGUGUCCUAUAUAGAUUUCUGAGAUAUUCACCGCGUGUUAAAAUGUUGUUUUACAUCGGGAGAUAAUAACUCAAACCUAACUAUCGAUUUAAUAUAUUUAUUCUUUUUUAUCUUUCAUACUAAAUGUUUGUUAUGUAUGUGUCCACAUGAAUGCUUUUUUUCCACAAGUAUUGAUUCCUAUACACUGAGGACACCAGCUGAGGAGGCUCAGCUGGUGUCUGGUGAACAAGGCCAGCCUGGUGUCAAGAGCCUGGGGAACAGCCGGCACCUGACCGCUCGAUGGUGUCUGCUGUUUCUAUACACCAGGACAGGUCACAGGACGGGUCACAGGACGGGUAACAAGACAGGUCACAGGACGGGUCACAGGACGGGUAACAAGACAGGUCACAGGACGGGUCACAGGACGGGUCACAGGACAGGUUACAGGAUGGGUCAUAGGACAGGUCACAGGACGGGUCACAGGACAGGUAACAAGACAGGUUACAGGAUGGGUCACAGGACAGGUAACAAGACAGGUCACAGGACGGGUCACAGGACGGGUCACAGGACACUUCACAGGACGGGUCACAGGGCAGGUCACGGGUCACAGGAUGGGUCACAGGACACUUCACAGGACGGGUCACAGGAUGGGUAACAAGACAGGUCACAGGACAGGUCAUAGGACACUUCACAGGACGGGUCACAGGACAGGUCACAGGACACUUCACAGGACGGGUCACAGGAGACUUCACAGGACACUUCACAGGACACUUCACAGGACGGGUCACAGGACGGGUCAUAGGACAGGUCACGGGUCACAGGAUGGGUCACAGGAUGGGUCACAGGACGGGUCACAGGAUGGGUCACAGGACGGGUCACAGGACGGGUCACAGAACGACCCGCUGAGCAGCCGCUUGUAUGAGCCGAUAGUACGAACAGAGCAACAUCAUCAUGGAAACUGCUGCAGGAAUCCAGUCACGGUCGAACAGUGUCCUUCAGUCUUCUGCUGACUGCAGUGCACGAGUAGAACCAGAUGUCACCGCUCGACAUGUGCCCUUCACUUUGCGGUACCUGUAAUUGCACGCUACAGCCAGCAGAUGGCGACACGCGCGUUCGUUCUGACUUUUUUUAAACGUUUCACUUCAUGUAAAACACUGUUGUCGCAGCGCCACAAUGAAGCAAUAAUAGGAAGAGCAAAUUGGGGGAAAUAAGAUGAGAAUAAUGCGAGAUCACGUGAUGUUAGAGAGCCAAUCGCUGUGGAAAAUGAAACUGGAAUAAUGUGGAAUUAUAAAUGUCAAAAUGGAAAUCGAUGUUUUCCUCUUUAGGUUUGAUUGAUCACGCCCCGCCAUUGUCUGAGGCGUGUGGAAUGAUGGAUGGAACACAGUCUGAGAGUGAAUCGAUACAC